AGAAACAAACUCGAGAAUCUCCAAAAAAAAAUACGAAAACAAAAAUCAAAAUUGUCGGCGUGCGAAAAAUACAAGCAAAUAAAAAUAUACAGUCGACUCGUUUUAUAGAAUUGGCCAAAAGCUGUGCAAGGCAGGUUGCAGCAAUAAAAUCACAGUGUCGUGUGCGCGAUCUGUUUAGUUUGGCAUCGACUCUAGAAGCAGCUACAGCAGCAGCAAGUGGAUUAUAUCCGUUGGAUUAUAAAGGCAAACAUCAUCAACAUGGGUAAAACACCGGCUAUUGGCAUCGAUCUGGGCACAACAUAUUCCUGUGUGGGUGUCUGGCAGAACAACAAAGUGGAGAUCAUAGCCAACGAUCAGGGCAAUCGCACAACUCCAUCAUAUGUUGCCUUCAACGAAACUGAGCGUCUGAUUGGCGACGCCGCAAAGAAUCAGGUGGCGAUGAAUGCCAAGAACACGGUUUUCGAUGCGAAACGUUUAAUUGGCCGCAAGUACGAUGACCAGAAGAUACAGGAGGAUCUCAAGCACUGGCCUUUCAAGGUCAUCAACGAUGGUGGCAAGCCGAAAAUUGAGGUCGAGUUCAAGGGGGAAUCGAAACGUUUUGCUCCCGAAGAGGUCAGCUCCAUGGUGCUGACCAAAAUGCGCGAGAUCGCUGAGGUUUAUCUGGGGGCCAAGGUGAAGGAUGCCGUCAUCACAGUGCCAGCUUAUUUCAAUGACUCGCAGCGUCAGGCAACCAAAGAUGCCGGAUCCAUUGCUGGCCUAAAUGUGCUGCGCAUUAUCAAUGAGCCGACAGCAGCUGCUUUGGCCUAUGGCCUGGACAAGAAUCUGAAAGGCGAGCGUAAUGUGUUGAUCUUCGAUUUGGGUGGCGGCACCUUUGAUGUGUCCAUACUCACCAUUGACGAGGGCUCGCUGUUCGAGGUGAAGGCCACAGCCGGCGAUACACAUCUGGGUGGCGAGGACUUUGACAAUCGUCUUGUCAAUCACUUUGUAGAGGAGUUCAAGCGCAAGCACAAGAGCAACAUUACAAGUAAUGUUCGUGCUCUGCGUCGACUCCGCACAGCAUGUGAACGGGCCAAGCGUACACUCUCUUCCAGCACGGAGGCAUCGUUAGAGAUUGAUGCCCUACACGAAGGCAUCGAUUUCUAUUCGAAGAUUUCACGUGCUCGCUUCGAGGAGCUAAACAUGGAUCUGUUCCGGUCAACGCUGCAGCCGGUGGAGCGUGCUCUGAAUGAUGCCAAGAUGGAGAAGAAGGCCAUACACGAUGUGGUUCUGGUUGGUGGCUCCACGCGCAUACCUAAGAUACAGCGUCUGCUGCAGGACUUCUUUGGCGGAAAGCAACUCAACUUGUCCAUCAAUCCCGAUGAAGCGGUGGCGUAUGGAGCAGCUGUUCAGGCCGCUAUCCUUACUGGCGUAGGCAGCUCCCAGAUUCAGGAUCUGUUGCUGGUCGAUGUGGCACCAUUGUCGUUGGGCAUCGAGACUGCAGGCGGUGUCAUGACCAAGCUAGUGGAGCGCAACUCUCGCAUUCCCUGCAAGCAGCAGCAAACGUUCACAACGUAUAGCGACAAUCAGAAUGCGGUCACCAUUCAAGUGUACGAAGGCGAACGUGCCAUGACUAAGGACAACAAUCUGCUGGGCACUUUUAAUUUAACUGGCAUUCCGCCAGCCCCACGCGGUGUGCCCAAGAUCGAUGUGACCUUUGAUCUGAAUGCCGAUGGCAUUUUGAAUGUCAGCGCCAAGGAUAGUAGCACUGGCAAGUCGGAAAAGAUUACCAUCACCAACGAUAAGGGACGUCUGUCCAAGGCGGAGAUUGAUCGCAUGUUGUCCGAAGCUGAAAAGUACAAGGAUGAGGAUGAGCAGCAACGUGAGCGAGUGGUUGCGCGCAAUACUCUUGAGGGUUACAUCUAUGGCUGCAAACAGGCUGUCGAGGAAGCACCAGCCGGUGCUCUUAGCGACGCCGAUCGCUCCAAGGUGCGUGACACUUGCGCCAAAGAGAGCUCGUGGUUGGACAGUAAUACGCUGGCCGAGAAGGACGAAUACGAACAUCACAUGAAAGAGUGCCAGCGUAUCUGUGGUCCCAUCAUGUCCAAGCUGCAUGGCGCUGGCCAGACGCCAAAGGGCAAGCAAUCUAACAGUAGCGGCGGACCCACCGUCGAGGAAGUUGAUUAAGUGUCUGAAACUAAAAGUCUCCUCACAUUAUUGAGCAAAUAAUUAAUGCAAUUGAAUAUGUAUUUGGCAUUUGAGAAUAAAUGUAAAUUAUAAAUUA